UAACAUAUAAUGCCAACACCUACCACAGCGCCUCCGUACAAGCCGCCUAAAGAUAUUCAGGAAUUGUUAGAUAAAAAACAAGAAACGUAUUUGAGAAGGCGAACAGCUGUGCUACCGAAGCGCUCAUGGAUAAAGCGUAAUCCGCGAUUAUUUCAAAUUACAUUUAUUUCCACGUCACUGCUAAUAUUCUUCUCAAAGCCGCUUUACGACGCAUUCAUAGCAGAUCCUUUACCCUUGAAGGGUGCAUCUAUACCACCCCAUAAGCGUUAAGGAAUGGAAUCUGUGCGCAA